UUGUCAACCAGACUUUUAAAUUGUCUAUUCACUACCAACUCACUCUAAUAAAAGUGUGUUAGUUAUGCAUUCCAAACUCAUACUUUAGGAGGCAUAUUUACGAAAAUGCAAGCAAGCAAGAAAAAUAUGGCAAGUGAUUACGAGAUAUCCUUAGAACUAAGAACAUGCAUUCAGCUGGGAGGAAAACCUGGAACUCUAUAUUGGUACAUCAAAUUGAGUGUUCAAAGAAAAGCAUAAAUAGAAUUUUUUUUUUAAAAAGUAAAAACACUAAGACAUGAUAAUCAGAAAUGCAUUACUAUGGGUUGGGAAAGGCAGGAAGAUGGUCAGUACACUUGUGAACUAAGGGGUUUAUAUCCAAAAUUCAGAACUUCUGUGAUUACUUAUGGGUUCAUGAGUGUUAAAGAUAACUUCCCCGACAGUCCAGUUACCUUGGUCGUGGGUAAUAGCGGGAGAGGGAAAUAAUCUAACACCAGACCUCUUCUGGCACUAAAAGUGCCAUACUACUGGCCAGCACUCCUUGAUCCCAAUAAUUGCAGUCAACUACUCAAAUUAUCUAUUAAUUGUGCCUUACAUAACUUUUAAUUGUCCACCUCAGAUCAAAGUGAUUGCUUCGAAAGUCUGAUCAUGCAAUGUCCAUAAUAUAGUAUGUUUAUAACUAAUCCAAUUUAUUAACUAAUCCAAUUUAUGACAUGCUUCGGGAAGCUGAUACGGAUAGACCAACGCUCCACCUGAUUUACGAUAUGUGGGACACGAUGAUUGAGAAGGUGAAAGCAAGUAUAUAUCGUUUCGAAGGGAAGGAGUUGAGUGAAGAAUCAAGUUUCUAUUCUGUUGUUUAUAAAAUUUUAGUGGACAGGUGGAACAAAAGCAAUACUCCACUUCACUGCCUUGCUCAUUCAUUAAACCCAAAGUAUUAUAGUAGAGAAUGGCUUGGUGAUGAAGCUUCUGGACGAGUUCCUCCACACAGGGACAUGGAAAUUUCAAAUGAAAGAAACAAUUGCUUGAUGAGGUUUUUUCCAGAAGAGAAUGAAAGGAAUAAGGUUGUAGUUGAGUUUGCUAAUUUUUCAGGUUGCAUGGGUAUGUACAGCUCAUAUGAUUCCCUGAAGGCUAGAGGCAUUCUUGAUCCAAAAAUCUGGUGGGUAAUGUAUGGCGCUUCUACUCCUACAUUGCAAUCACUUGCAUUGAAGUUACUUGGACAGCCUUCAUCUUCCUCUUGCUGUGAAAGGAAUUGGAGCACAUAUUCGUUUAUCCAUUCUGUGAGAAGAAAUAAAAUACUACCACAGCGUGCUAAAGACUUGGUAUAUGUUCACACAAAUCUUCGUCUUCUCUCAAGGAAAACUCAUGCUUAUAUGGAAGGAGAAAGCAAGAUGUGGGAUGUUGGUGGUGAUGCUUUUUCACAAGUGGAAGGUGCAGGGUUUCCAUCUCUCUCUUCUAUAUCUGUCUAAUAUCUCUCAGUCUCUCAAUCUUCUCUGUUCUACUUGUUCUUUGCUUACAUAAUCAGAAACCACCAAAAACAGCACUAAAACAGUUCAUGAAUCAAAAAUUUGACAAAGUGACACAAUAUGGAGAUCCAAAACCUUUACAUACCUAUGUAGUGGCCCAUGGUAAAAUACUUGACAUAACGAAAGCAUCGCUUUGAGUUUGUUGCA